AUGCGCAGCGCUGUAGGUGAGCUCGGCUGUGACACAGUCAUUAUUUACAGAACGUGGAAUCCUCCGCGCCGGAAUCCAUCUCGUCCGAGUGAUGCCGCCAGGAAGGACCCGAGUCAGAACGACUGGCCAGAGACGACCCGGAAACGAAUCCCCUCGCCAUACACCCGAGACCACGAGCUGCGUGCAGAGCAGUCCUCCGGGGUUCCCUCACCCCGCUGCUCCCGCCCGGGCGUGUCUGCCCGAUGA